UUCAAAGAUUCAUAUUUUCUAAUCAUCAUUGUCAGUGCAAAUAACACUUACUGCAGUAUUAGAAACCACGCGACGCUCAGGGCGCCAGUUAGCAACGUACUAUUAUUUGAAUGCCGAACUCAUAGGAAAAUCGCUUGCUAGCGAGUUUCAAACCAACAACUUGAAAGUGGAAAGUUUGGACAUUUCACCAGCAGCGUCUAUCGGCGAUAACUAUAUGAGUGAUGUAUUUCGCAUUCUUGUUAAAUUUCGUACUUCACCGACGGAGUCGGUCGUGCAACAGCUAUCAUUGGUGGUAAAAUGUUUACCGAGCAGCGGCCAUCGCGGCUCGGUAAUCGAGGAAAUGAUCGUGUACGAAAAAGAAGCGGAAAUGUUUCUGAACGUUGUUCCGGCGCUAUCGAAAUUAGCCAACAAUGAAUUUUUUGCCGCCAAAUGCUACUAUGCCACGCGCGUUCCGGAACGCAUGCUGAUGUUCCACGAUCUCAAAUCGUUGAACUACGUCAUGUCCAAUCGCCAUGCCGGGCUAGACUUCGAUCAUUGUGCGUUGAUCAUGAAGAAAAUCGGUAAAUUUCAUGCCGCGUCGAUACCGUACGCCGAACGCAACAUGGAUCUGAUGAACAAGUACUUCCACUUCAACAUGUUUAAUCCGUCCGUUGAGAAGAAAAACGACUGUAUUAAUGUGAUCUUUGAACAAGGCUUGGCCACGCUCAUUGAAGUUGCGGAAAACAGCUGGGAUAAUUUUGAUCCAAAAAUACUAACGAAGCUUAAGAAGUUACUACCGAUAUACGUAACAAAACUUGAAGCAUGUCUAACGCAGAAAUUCGACGACGGUUUUAAGGUGUUGAAUCACGGAGAUUUAUGGUGCAACAACAUGCUUUUCAAGUACGGCGGACAAUCCGGAAAAGUUGAGGAUGUAGUUUUCGUUGAUUAUCAGAUUUGCUUCUAUUCAAGUCCGGGUGUGGAUCUCAACUAUGCCAUCGCGAACUGUCCAAACCUAGCGACCCGAGAUCGAUCCGACGAACUGGUUGCUAUCUAUUAUCAAGCUCUAGCAGAGACGUUAAAAUCUGUUGGGUAUCCGAAAAUCCCAUCCCUAGACGAUGUACAGCACGAAAUCCGGAGGAUGGAAUUUUUCGCUCUGGUUUCGGUCGUUUCGAUACUUCCCAUCGUGAUGAUGGAGAAGACGGAUUCGUUCGAGGUUAGCUUCGAAUCGUUCAUUGACGAAGAAUUGGCAGCGAAAGCUCGCAAGUUACAGUACAGCGGGAAAACAUUCCAGGCCAUAGUGAAACCGAUGCUGAAGCGAUUCGACGAGCGAGGACUGUUGGAUGUGUGACGAUAAAGUUUAAUGUUUUGUUUUCAACAGUAUUUUUAAACAGUGAACGGUGCAUCCCUGUGGACGUGAACCAUUCAAUUGUAUA